GAGCAAACAGUGCACGCAGUGUUACUCUCGCUUUUUUGACUCGGAUAAAUGUAAAUAGUCGCGGAUAUAGUUGAAAUGUAUACCAAAAGCUAGCGAAAAAGACUAUCUAAGUGAUUGUGUAGUUAGAAUUGGAAACCUCCUACGGAAUUCUUAGCAAUUGGACUAUUAACAGUGAUUGUGUGUGAUUUAUUUAACGGACAUCGGUGCGUGGUCAAGGUCGACCAGUCAAACAGCCGGCGGACGAGUCAGGCAGUGUUAUCAGUGCGCCAGUGCGAGCGCAAGCAUAAUAAAAUAGACCGUAUUGCUAACGUAUUCAAUAUGAGCAGUAAGGAGAAUUGCUUGGCAUGCCCACAUCCUAUUGCCAGAGAGGAGCUACUAACAUGCCCAAGUUGUCAUGGGAAGUACCAUUACGCAUGUCUUGGAAUACCGACUGAGUACUUCAAUCAAAUAGUACAAAAUGCGAAUAGUGGCUGGCAAUGUCAUUCGUGCAAUAAUGUGUCGAGGCGCCGGCGAGGUGACAACACACCUGUAAGAAAACACUUUGAGCGUUCACCACCGGCCGGGCCGCUCGAAGUAAGUCAAACAGUAUCAGAUGCCGACAUGUCAAUAUGUGACGAGCCGCGUCAGUGGGAGUCGGAAAAUUGUAAUACAAUUAAUCAAAGUGAUUUAGAUACGACUGUCCCAGAAAACGCUAAAAACGCACAAGAACUGAGUUUGGAUGUGAUAUCUAGGUUACUGGACACAAAGUUGAUGAGUGUAAAAAACGAGUUUCGAAAUAUUGAUUCUAAGCUAAGCAAGACGAGGGAUGAGAUAUUUAGUCGUAUUAACAAAGAAAUUACUACUGCUGUCGAGCAAAUAAAGAUAGAAUUUACGGCUACCACGGAUUACAUAGGCGAGCAGAUUAAAGACAUUCAAGCUGACCUUGCAACGGCGAAUAAUAGAAUGAAAAUCCUAGAAUUAGAGAACUCACGUCUGAGCGCAGAAGUAGUUGCGUUGAAAAAAAACUCCACGAACCAGCCCAAUAAUUUGGAACUUAAAAAUGUCAUCGAGCAGAUGCACCUGGAGCUAAAUGAGAGGGAUCAAGAAUUGAUAUUGAAUGACCUGGAAAUCACCGGAGUGCCAGAGCGCCCAGGAGAAUCAACCCUGCAUAUUGUUAAGACGAUAUCGACCAGCAUAGGUAUUACCUUGGACGAUAGUGAAGUGGUUAGCGUGGAACGGGUUGGACCACCACGAACGACCAAUGCGAACAGCACAAGGCAAAACCCGCGACCCUUGGUCUUGCGACUAACAAGAAAGACGCUUAGAGACAACUUAUUGCGAAGCGCGAGGGUGAAACGAGGCUUAGACACCAGCAGCCUGGGCUUAAUAGAACAUAGCACGUCCCGGGUAUAUAUUAAUGAAAGAUUAACCAAAACGAACCGCAAGCUUUUCUGGCUAGCACGGCAGGCGGGCAGUACUGCGGGCUGGAGAACAGACGGCAAGGAUAGUAGAACAGUGCGUAUUCGAAGCGAGAAAGAAAUUGGCCGAGUUUUUGGUGUGGACCCUACGACGUCACAGGGUAAAUAACUGUAAAAAGUGCUUUAGUAUUUAUUUAGUUAGGUCAAUAGUCGUAUAUUUGAAACUAAUUAUUGUUUUUAUAAGUUUUAUAAUAAAUGAUACCUACAUAACGCGUC